ACUUCAUCCAGUCUAUUGUCUUCUCCCUGGAGUAAUAAACAGACCGAACGCAAACAAAGCAUCGAACCACCAUCAUCCUCUCCUUGCUUAUGUCUUCACCAGGAACUCAAGCACUAGCCGAGAUGCCUCACUCCGAGGACAGCCUUACCAACAGAGCGGCCAUUGCCCAGGAAGCGGCGGCAGCCGUGGACAACGAGCAUCAUAUGGGCUUUUUCAAAUCCCUCAAGCUCUACAAGAAGGCAUGCUUCUGGUCCAUCUUCUUGUCCACUUGUGUCAUCAUGGAAGGCUUCGACAUGGUUAUGCUGAACAACCUCUAUGCCUACACACCUUUUGCACGCAAGUUUGGCAGUCUUCAGGCUGAUGGCACCUAUGGCCUGAGCGCCCAAUGGCAGUCGGGCUUGUCUGGAGGAAGCCAAGCUGGCCAGAUCUUAAGGCUCUUCCUGACUGGCAUUGUCGCUGAUCGAUACGGGUACCGCAAGUCCCUGAUCGGUGCCUUGGUCGCAUGCAUCUGCUUCAUAUUCAUCAUCUUCUUCUCGGAGAUCCUCGUCCAGCUCCUCGUAGGAGAGAUCUUGAUCGGCAUCCCAUGGGGUCUGUUCCAGACCACCACCACCACCUACGCUGCCGAAGUUUGCCCUGUUCAUCUCCGUGCCUAUCUCACAACCUACAUCAAUGCCUGCUGGGUUUUUGGCCAGUUGUUCGCCUCAGGCAUUAUGCGAGCUAUGCUUUCUCACAACGAUGAAUGGGGCUACAGGAUACCAUUCGCAUUGCAGUGGAUCUGGCCCGUCCCACUGAUAAUCGGCAUCUCUCUCGCGCCUGAGUCUCCCUGGUGGCUCGUGCGCGGCAACCGUAUUCAGCAGGCCCGGAAGUCGCUUGAGCGCCUGACAACGCCUAGCAGAGAGGUUGCCUUCGAUGCGGAUGAGAGUAUCUCAAUGAUGAUCCAUACCAACGAGAUGGAGAAAAGGAUCGAGGCCGGAGUCUCCUUUCUAGAUCUGUUCAAAAAGGCAAACCUUCGCCGCACGGAGAUUGUCUGCGUGACGAUGAUGAUACAGGGUGGUACGGGUUCGACCCUCCAGAGUUACUCAACCUACUUCUACGAACAGGCCGGUAUGGCUACGGACAACGCAUUCGAUAUGACAAUUGGGCAGUAUGGCAUGGGUCUUCUUGGAACACUUGUUGCCUGGUCCCUGAUAAGCCGUUACGGCCGUCGAACACUCUAUCUUUCCGGCCUGCUCACCAAUGGCAUGGUUCUCUUUGCCAUUGGAGGAACCGCUUUGGCCGGCCGCGACAACACCUCGGCCUCAUGGGCGAUCGGCAGCCUACUUUUGAUCUCUACCUUUGUGUAUGAUUGCAUUGUCGGUCCUGUCUGUUACUCACUUGUGUCCGAGUUGUCGUCUACUCGUCUGCGAACCAAAACCAUCGCGUUUGCCCGUAACAUGUACAACUGCGUUUGUCUCAUCACCAGCGUUCUCACCCCGAAGAUGCUAAACCCUACGGCCUGGAACUGGGGCGCGAAAACAGCCUUCCUCUGGGCAGGCUCGUGCUUCAUCUGCGCUAUCUGGACGUACUUCCGCCUGCCCGAGCCCAAAGGUCGCACCUUUGCCGAGUUGGACAUUCUCUUUGAGGAAGGUGUCAAAGCGCGCGACUUUUCAAAAACUGCCGUGAAUCACAUAGAUACACAUGUCUCCGAGACUUCUGUUGUUGGGGGUGAGACAGUACGGCAUGAGAAAAAGUCGAGUGAGUGACCGAGCUGCUCACUAGGACAUCACGCAAUGGCGGGAAUGGAGGAUGCAUAUUACGUCGUGCCCGAGGAAAGGCGCCCCAAGUGUUCGUUGUUCAAUCGAUCUGUUUGUGUACCACGCAAAUCGCCUUUUCGAUCAUGUAGAGUGAUCCGUGUGCCAUGUUAU